AUGAAGAUCGAGGAGGUGCGGAGCACCACCAAGACGCAGCGCAUCGCCGUCCACAGCCACGUCAAGGGCCUGGGCCUCGACGAGGCCGGCUUCGCGAAGGCCAACGCGGCCGGCCUGGUGGGGCAAGAGAUGGGGAGGGAGGCAUGCGGGAUCAUUGUGGAGCUUAUCCGGAGCAAGAAGAUGGCAGGACGAGCCGUGUUGCUCGCAGGCCCUCCCGGCACAGGCAAGACCGCGCUGGCGCUCGCCAUAGCUCAGGAGCUGGGCAGCAAGGUGCCCUUCUGUCCAAUGGUGGGCAGCGAAGUGUACUCUACCGAGAUCAAGAAGACAGAGGUGCUCAUGGAGAACUUCAGGCGGGCCAUUGGGUUAAGGAUCAAGGAGACAAAGGAGGUCUACGAGGGGGAGGUGAUGGAGCUGAGCCCGUGUGAGACGGAAAACCCAAUGGGUGGCUACGGCAAAACCAUCAGCCACGUGAUCAUCAGCCUCAAGACGGCCAAGGGCACCAAGCAACUCAAGCUGGACCCGUCCAUUUAUGAGAGCCUGCAGAAAGAGAAGGUGGAGGUUGGCGACGUUAUCUACAUUGAAGCCAACAGUGGAGCUGUCAAGAGGCAGGGCCGCUGCGACACGUUCGCCACGGAGUUCGACCUGGAGGCCGAGGAGUAUGUGCCGCUGCCCAAAGGCGACGUCCACAAGAAGAAAGAGGUCAUCCAGGAUGUGACCUUGCACGACCUGGACGUGGCUAACGCACGCCCGCAGGGUGGCCAGGAUAUCUUGUCCAUGAUGGGCCAGCUCAUGAAGCCCAAGAAGACAGAAAUCACAGACAAGCUCCGCGGGGAGAUCAACAAGGUGGUAAACAAGUACAUCGACCAGGGCGUGGCGGAGUUGGUGCCAGGCGUGCUGUUUGUGGACGAAGUACACAUGCUGGACAUCGAGUGCUUCACCUACCUUCACCGCGCGCUCGAGUCCUCCAUCGCGCCCAUCGUCAUCUUCGCCACCAACCGGGGCAGGUGCAUCAUCCGGGGCACGGAGGACGUGCUGUCGCCACACGGAAUCCCACUGGACCUGCUGGACCGCGUGAUGAUUGUGCGCACCAUGCUCUACACGCCCGACGAGAUGGUGCAGAUCAUCAAGAUCCGGGCUCACACGGAGAGCAUCAGGCUGAGUGACGAGGCUGUGGUGCACCUCGGGGAGAUCGGCAACAAGUCAACUCUGCGAUACGCGAUGCAGCUGCUCACUCCGGCGAAUCUGCUGGCCAAGAUCCACGGCAAGGACACGAUCGAGCGCGAGCACGUGCAGGAGAUCAGCGAGCUCUUCUACGACGCCAAGUCCUCCGCAAAGAUCCUCGCUGACCAGGCUCACCGCUACAUGAAGUAGCCGCAGCCCAGUGGUUGGGGGUAUAUAUAUGCCACACACACGUAUGAGGUAGAAGCCUUCUUAUAACUGAAAACUCAUGGGGCCCGCUCCCUACGUUCUGAUGAACUGGUCGAGUGGUCUGUUGAGGUUCUUCCAUAAGGGAGUGAGCCUGUGAGUGGCUGAAUGCAAUAGGAGGUCUUGGUGCGGAACACAAGGGUUGGUCUGCGAUGUAAGUCGGCUGUGUUCAACACUGCAGGCACACGGCAUGCAACAUUGAGGUGGUUACAUUAAGGUUUCUACUACAUAUUGUAGAGUUAUAGAAUAAUUAUUACUGAAAUAACUUACCACCUAAGGUCAGAAAAAUAAAUUGUCAACAUUUUGAUUGAAUUAAUGAAACUUUUAAUGCAAUUACACAUUGCUCCCUGUUCGACUUUGCCUAAAAGUUACGGAUAUGACUGUCGCCCCCUUAAAUAGUUUUCUGUUGGUUUGAGUGUAAACUUUGGCUUGGGCCUCGACCCCCCUUUAAAACUUUUUUUUAAGAAAAUCUACUCGCACGCAUGUUGCAGAUCGCGAGGUCGUCUUGGGGAUUUAUGUCCACCGAGGAGACAGAGGCGAUGAGAUUGGUUUACGUGCUGCGUUGAUUGUCGCAUCGCUGGAUCACGAGAGGGUGGAUUGAUCGUGGCUGAUGAUGAGUGCUAAUGCCUUGGAUGUGCACAUCUCCAUGAGCUCUUAUUUAAAAUCUUCUGACACGAGUUGUUGCAAGGCGGAACUAUUUAUUUAAAUAGUUUAUUACAUAGUAACAGGUAUGGAGCAGAUCUUGUUUUUUUACCCUUCCUAAUGUCUAUAAAUACAUCAACCUGAAUGCAUGCAAUUUUCAUAAGCUAAGCAGGCAUGAUACUGGUUAGCAAUUUGACGAGAGGGCUGCCUGGGAAUACCAGGUGUUGUAGGCUUGGCUUGCGAGGUGGUUGGAUGAUAACUACAGCAAUAGAUCCUUAAAUACAUCUGUGUGGAUGUAUUUAAGAAUGCAUGGAUUUUAUUUAUUUCGGUUUCCUCCCACGUGCCAGACACCCACUAAUUACGAUAAUUAUCCAAACAUGCCUAAUAGUGGUACUUGACAAACCAGUGUCUCGCGGCAUUGGCCAAGGUGUGCUACGCUAGUUUUGGAAGUACAGAAGGGAAAGAACCUCAGCUAGCAGAAUAGUGCAGAAGAAUUCUCCUCUCGUGCCAUUCAGUGGUCGAUCGGACCCCUAUCUCCCUUCCUGCCCUCUCUAUUGGCCGUGCGUGCACGGUACGACAGCUGCAGUGCAUUUCCACCCACCGACCCGGGGCCCACGGCAAUUUAUUGGGACGCUACGGUGGUGAGAUGUUCACUACCUCGCGAGGUAUACAGGAGGUCGUGGGUUCGAUCCCGACGCCUGUAUAUUUGGAGCUUGGAGUUUUCUCUUUCCCCGUGGUCGCGUGGGUUUUUCUGCAGUUCCUCCGGUUUUUCCCUCCACAUUUAUAAGCAUGCGUUUUGGUUAAUUGGUUGCUACAAAUUUCCACGUGAUAAGCCACUUUGUUGAGCUAUCAUUUGUGGCCAGGUCGCUUCUGAAAAAAAAGAGCUAUACAGCUCGGUGGUAAAAUAAUAAAAAAAUUGUUUAGUUUUGGUUCGGAGCACCGCAGAGACUGAGCAAGCUCGACAGUGUGCCAUGGAAUAAAUAAAAUGAUGAGCACUGCGAUAGAGUCCUGAGACUCGGUGAGGAUUUCCUGGGUGAAUAAAGGGCAUUGCUACCGUUGCAAUUAUAAUCCAGUGCAGCACACCACGUGCUAAACUCUACCUUCAACUGUCUCUACGGCAAGACCACACACACACGUUUGCGCUCGCUAAUCCGAGCCAAUGUGCCUUUAAUCCAGCUCGUGGAGGAGCCAGUCUGCUACACCACCUGCAUAUCGUUUAAUCUCUGCCCGCUGCAUUUAUUGACGGUGAUUGAUGCACGCAUUCCUACGUUCAUUUUAUACAGUAGACCGAUGAUGCCUACUUAUAGAAAGCUCAACAAUAUUGACAAAUGGCUAAAAAAAAGUUAACUCUCUUAAACUUGUGUUCGUGCUCUGAGCAUUGUGUGUCUGCAAGAGAUGGAGAUGUAGGUCCAAUGCAUGUUAAUGAAGGAGCCCUCUGUUUAUAAACACUGAGAACAAAUGGUGACUCCUCACUGAUACACAAGCCGCAGAUUUCACCGUGCACCUGUUUCAUGUCGUGUAACGAAUGUGCUUUUGAUAUUUUAUAACGUGUGUUUGUUUAAGGUGCAUAAAAUAAAGGGGUUUUCUUCCUCAGCCGAAGGAAUUCUUAA